GCAAGGAAAAGUCUUGGGACGACGUUCAUGCUGGUGCUUGCAUGAAGCAACAUGCCGAGACGCAGUAGACUGACCUAGGUUCCUGAGAGCCUCUUCUCAGGUGCCACGAUGGGUAGGUUGGGCUCUCUAGGGAGUCGAGGUACUAAGACAGCCUUCUCCCCCUCUUUUGUCAGUCUCUCUCUUCUUCAGCCUCCUCGAAAACGCCUUUCUGCUCUAGUCCUCUCACAAUCCAAUUCAUUUGUUUCAGCAUACCUCCAUAAUGCGGGCAUUCGCUGUGAUUUGUUUUCUGGUCCCAGCUUUCUAUGCUGGCGCAGGCGCAUUCGACGCCUUCGAGGGCUCAGUCCCGAUGAACCUGGGCACUUUCGACGGCCCGGGCCAAUCACCGAACAACCUCACAUCAGAGUUGGAGAAGAGAGAUGAUGUCGGUUGCUACUUCCACGGACUAAGUGGUCACUACUGCUUUGUCGGCGAGAUUUGUUGCUAUGACAAUCAGAAUAACGAAGGCUGUUGUCCAAGUGAUGGACGGUGCUGCGGUACUAGAUGCUGUCUAUCCGGGUAUCAAUGCGCAUGGGCUGACCAGACCUCGCAAUCAUGCUGUCUUAUUGGCGGGGUUUGUGGUGAUCCCACCCAGACAGUAACGGAGACGGAGACGGAGACAGACUAUAUUACCGAGACGGAGGUCCAGACGACAGUGGAUGAUAUUUACAUCACGGACUUCGAAACCGUCACCAACAUCCAAUACCUUACCGAGCUUGCUACCGAGACGCGCGAUAACACCAUUCGAGAAACCAAGACCCAAGACAACACGGUCCACGAGACUCAGGUCAAUACAAUCACCAAGGAAGCCUCUACCAUCAUCCUGACCCAAAUGUUUACGAGCGUCAACAGCGCUGGCCAGACCAUCGUGCAGACUACGGCCGUUCAGUCCGUCGUCCCCGCCGCAGCAGCGACGAACACGGACGUGUGCUUCGGCACCUCAAAGAAAGAAACCAACAUCGGGCCCAUCGUAGGUGGUGUCGUAGGGGGAGUGGCUUUCAUCGCUCUUCUCGCUGCCCUUCUCUUCAUCGGCAAUAAGAAAGGCUAUUUCGAAAAGAAACAAAAACAUCCCAACUACCCACCCGUUACGCUUCCUGUGCCCAUUGGCGGCGAACCCAAGGCAUUCGGCCAGCUCGAGUCAGUUCCAAUGUCACCAGCAAGCACGGCUAGGAAUACUAUGACGCCAGUGCCGCCGUAUGCACUACAACCACAACCUGGCUAUGUGCAAAGGCCGCAUUACAUGAACGAGACGGAAGCAAAUGGGCACGGCUGGCAGAAUUCUACCAACAGCCAGCACUACCAGUAGGAGAAGAGAUAGCCUGAUUUGCUAAAUUGGCAUUAUAUCGUCGCUCUCUACUAUCUAUGGCGGCAUUCAUUCUCUCACAUCCAUGAAACCUGUCUGACGAAUCACGUCUUGUCAUUACUCUGUCAAUGCGGAACUACUAUCUUGUUGACUCCGAGAUUCACCAAUGUGACAAAGCCUGCUCACGCCUUUCUACCAUGUUUCAAUGAACGCAAGGAAAUCUGGGGCCGCAGUCACAUGUCUGGCCUUUUGUCCCCGCCGACUGAGAAUCGUGACGUGUAGCAUCGC